AAUAAAUAAAUCUUUGAGAAAAAAAAUAAGGUUAUAGGGACAAAUAAGGUUCAGAUGAGUGAUCCUUGCUCUGCCAUGUUGUAGGCUGUACUGUUUGCUGAGGAAUCCCAGGCCUUCUGGACACAGGACAUACUACAGCUACAUGCAAAGAGGAACUGUUGCUCUCAGUGUUGAAAUCCAUUGGUGAAAUGCAGUGUAUUCACAGCUUCGGGCUCACCCAAGGUAUUUCUUUUCCUGCUGCUUUUAAUGUAGCCAAAAUGCCAGUAAGACCAGAUCUCCAGCAGUUGGAAAAAUGCAUCGAUGAUGCUUUAAGGAAAAACAAUUUCAAGCCUUUGGACACACUUUUGCAAAUUGAUAUUUCUGAAGAUGUGAAGAUUAAAUGCAGCAAACAGUUUUUUCACAAGUUGGAUGACCUUAUAUGCAGGGAGCUUAAUAAAAAGGACGUCCAAAUGGUUUCGGCCAUUUUGGCUUCUGUGGCAAAAUGUGGCAAAAAUAUCACUAUAUUGGGACAAUGUGGCCUCCUCACUAUGAUGAAACAAGGACUAGUCCAGAAGAUGGUUACCUGGUUUGAAAAGUGCAAGGAGAUUAUUUUAAGCCGAGGAAAGUCAAAGGAUGACGCUGUCCUAAACAUGAUGGAAGACUUGUUUGAUCUCUUGACGAUAACAUUUGACAUCAGUGAUGAAGGUAAAAGGCUUGUAGCAGAAAGUUUCAUCCCUCAAAUCUGUGCCCUCAUUGCCGACUCGGGAGUGAAUAUUUGUGUUCAGCAGGAGACCUUGAAGAAGAUGAAUGCUCUGAUUGACAAAAUGCCUAAGGAGGCCAGGAAGAUAUUCUCUAAACAAGAAAUGUUAAUCCUCAUGAGUGGUAUGGGAGAAAGGAUUUUAGAUGCUGGAGAUUACGACUUACAAGUAGGCAUUGUGGAGGCUUUAUGUAGAAUGACCACAAGAAAACAAAGGCAAGAACUGGCGUGUCAGUGGUUUUCAAUGGAUUUCAUUGUUACUGCAUUUAAAGGAAUUAAAGAAUCUGAAUUUGAAACUGAUUGUAGGAUAUUUCUCAACCUUGUCAAUGGCAUGCUUGGAGAUAAAAGAAGAGUCUUCACGUUCCCUUGUUUGGCAGCAUUUCUUGAUAAAUAUGAGCUGAAAAUGCCAUCAGAUGAAAAGCUGGAAGAAUUCUGGAUGGAUUUCAACACAGAGAGCCAGUCUCUCUCCUUCUACGUUGCCGAAGACAGUGAUGAUCAUCAGUGGGAGCCAGUCACUGUGUCAGAGGACAAAGUACAAACGUACAAUAUUGAAGUGAGAGAAUCAAAGAAACUACUGAAUAUAAUCCUGAAAAACACAAUAAAAAUUAGUAAAAGAGAAGGAAAAGAAUUGUUUUUAUAUUUUGAUGAAUCACUAGAAAUCAGUGAUGUAACUAAAAAAAUUUUUGGUGCAAAUAAAAAUGGGGAAUUUACCAGAAAGCAAGGCAUUUCGGUUGCCAAGACAUCAGUGCAUAUACUCUUUGAUGCAAGUGGAUCGCAGAUUCUAGUGCCAGAAAGUCAGAUCUCCUCAGUGGAGGAAGAACUCCCUAAAGCACACGGGGAGCCUCGGCCGGAAUGUGCUAACCCGCCGAAACCUGUCGGAGACCCUUACCAACAAGACAGGAGGAAAAAGAGUCAUCUCAAGGUAAUGACUCCUAACAAAAUGAAAGUGUCUGAAGCCUCGAUGGUUGUUCCCGGUGCAGACAGAUACACUGUGCGGAGUCCAAUGCUCUUAACCAAUGCAACACCACGAAGAGGAAGAUGUAAGCCACCCCUGCACGUGGUUCCUUCUGCAGAAAAAGCUGGUGUUUCCAGAACGGCAAAGGAUGGACUGGAUGUCAUGUCACUUAUGUCUAGACCAUCUCAAGAAAGAAAUGGAGGAGACAGCACAGACAAAUAUAUCAAAACUGCUACAACUGUAGAAAAGACAAAAAAUAAGGAUAUUGAAUUCACAAAGCAAAAUUUUAAUGAGCUCCAGGGUGGUGUUCCUGAUUCACAGGCAGGGGGAAGAGGAGAUGAAUCUAUAUUUUCUGGUAUUUCUGACAUAUAUGGAGAUAAGAUGUGCUCCAAGUUGGCGUGUUGGACACCUGUAACAAACAUUAAAAUCUGUAAUAAACAGAGAGCAAGCACUUUAUCAAACAUGUCUAAUGAAGAUGUUGUUAAUGAGACAUUUCCUAAACGAAGAUCAUCCUCUUCGGUGUCUGAGGAUUCUGUAGAAACAGAGAAAGUGAAAUGCAAGAAAGAUGUUGUGAAACACAGAAGAGGUAGAGCAGAAGUCGGCGUUUGCAGCAGCCAGCAGCAACAAACUCAUGCUAAGUACUCAGAGCGAAGUAAUUCUGAAACUACGAAGCAGGGUGAUUGGCGUAUUGAAUCUGCAACUACUUUUAAAUCCGUUCUCCUGAAUAAGACAGUUGAAGAAUCUUUGAUUUAUAGGAAGAAAUACACACUGUCUAAAGACGUGCACACUGCCGUUUGUGGCAGAAGCCCUUCUAGAAAAAACGUGAAAAGUCGAAGAAAAUCAGAGAAAGAUUUGACUUCCUUGGAUUUGAAACAAAAACAGAGACGAAAGUCAAAAGGCCAAGGAUUGGCUGAUGUGGCAGAAUCCCUAAUAAGCCAGAUUAACAGGAGGUACAAGCCACAAGACGGCACGGGGUCCGCAGGAAAGCGGAAGGCGGCUUUGCCUGGCAGUGAUUUUGCAAGCACGUCUGCUGUGCAGCACCAUAAGGAAAAGGUUCAGAAAAAAAGUUACAGAAAACUGGAGACUACCUUUGUUAAUGUCACUUCCGAAUGCCCAUUGAAUGAUGUUUACAGUUUUAAUUUGUGUGGCGCUGAUGAACCUAUUAUAAAACUUGGAGUCCAAGAGUUCCAAGCUAGAGAAACCUGUGUGGAUAAUGCAACAGAACUGGGAACUUUGAGGAAUGAUGAGGAACUUGAACCUUCUAUCAAAGCAAAAGAUAGAAGAGUUGUAAGAAAUCAAGAAAAGAAAAGUCUCUUUAGUGAUACUGACACAGAAUACAGGUGGGAUGACAGCAAGACCGAUAUUAGCUGGCUGAAAGAACCGAAGUCCAAACCACAGCUGCUAGACUACAGCAGGACUAAAAAGAGUCGGAAAUCAAGACCAUCAUUGGAUAAAAGACAAGCACGUUCUAAAAUGAUAAACCAACAAGAGGCGAGUAUCCAUUCAGGAGCCCAAAGCAGGAAGGUGCCGAGGAAGCAGCAGCAAGUCUCCUCUGCUGAAACACGAAAGAAAAGAUCAAAAGGACAGAGAGCCUCGGCUGGACCUAAGCUGCCCAGAGGAGAGCCCGGCCUGCACUCGGCGCCGGCUGCACGGUCUGGGAGCCCGUCAUCUAUAGAAGUAAUGAGAUGUGAUGAGAACGAAGCAGAAAGGGAUUUCACUAAGGAUUGUGACUACAUAACAAAUUCUGUGUCACCUUGUCCAAAAAUGUCCUCAUCUGAGUCCUUCAACAGUAACAGUGGAGUUGGGGUUUCAGCAAACUCAGCCAAAAAAACUUUGCUAUGUACAAAUCACAGCAGCUCACCACUUCCACAACCAUCAUUUUUGGAAAACCAUUCGUCAUCUCCACCAUCCAUGUCUGGUGAAGGAGGAGAGAAAACGGACACUCCCUGUGGCACCGCCCACACAGCUGGUCCCAUUCAACCACUUAGUCGCAAACGAACACACACAGAUUAUCUGGAUAAUUCUAAUGAAGAACUGGAAGAGAGAGAGAACCUGCUUCCCAAAAAAUUGUGUAAAAUUGAAAGUGCAAAUCGUCGCUCCUGCAAAAAGUCUGACAAUUCAUCUCCAUCAGUAAAUGGCUUUUUUAUUCCUGUGGAAAACUGGGAAGGAUUAAGGAAAAUGGAUUCAGAAUGUAAGAAGAUUAAUAUCCGAAAUAGAAAAAUGGAUUUUUUUGCUAAGCAUUCUUGGAAAAUCAUCCAGCAGCACCUGAAAACCAUGAGCCGUCAGCUGCAGGAGCACAGGCUGAAAAAAAUUGAUAAAUUCCAAGUCAUCAUCACUGAAGAGCUGAAGAGUUUUGAGAAAGAUUCACAAUCUUUAAAAGAUUUCGAGAAAGAAUUUGUGGUAUUUUGGGAGAAGUUACUUCAGAAGUACAGAACAUAUAGAAAAAGUGAACAGCAGAGAUUUCAGCUUCUGAAAGCUUCACUGGACAAACACGUCUUCCACAGCCCUGAUUAUGAAGAAACUAUUUUUACAUCAGAGAUGUGUUUGAUGAAAGAAAACAUGAAAAUUGUGCAAGACAGACUUCUCCAGGAAAUGCAAGAAGAGGAGCUUCUUCAUGUGCGCAGAGGGCUGAUGUCAUUAUUCAUGACUCAUGACAAAUAUUAAUGUGUGAGAUCUGAUUAUUGGCAUCUGUUUAUUUUCUCUGUAAGGCUAUUCUGAUAAAGGAAAUAAAGUCUACCUUAUGGGACCCUGGGAACUCAAAUGUUACAGUGUAUCUUUUUCAUCUCUAUCAGCUCUCCAAGCCCAGUAUUAAUUUGAUAGGGAGAAAAUUGUCAAACCAAACAGUAAAAGGAGUUUGCUGACUUUUGUAGUAAUAUUUGUUAAACAAUUUAAAAAUACAUUUUAUGUAAUAACAUUCGUUUGUAUAUUAAAAGUUCUUUAAUAAUUCAGAAUAUACAAGUAACAGUGUGUAGCCCCAUCUAAAAAGGGAUGAGGAGACCCCCGACUUGAAAUGCUUACCUGAGGCGUAAGGGGCUUCAACCACGGGGCAGACAGGAGUCAGUCAUGGUUCCUAGUGUUAGAAGGCACUAAAUAGACAUUGCUGUAUUUCCUGGAUAUUUUAAAUCAGUGUAGAAGUCUUAACUUAUAACCAGACUGUUUGGGAAGUACUUUGUAAGCCCCUAAUACUCAUUGAAACAUUAGUUUAUAAAGAUGAGUACAUACUUGAUUUGCUUUUGAUAUACUAAAGCUUAAAUGCUAACAUCACCUGACUAAACACAAGAUUGUUUCAUAAAACAUUUUACCUUUUUGGACCCGGAGUGGUAG